UUAUUAUUGUUAUUAUGAUAGAUGUUGAUUCUGAUGACAAUGAUGUUAAUGAUUGUGAUAGUGAUAAUAAUAAUAAUAAAAAUGAUGUUGAGGAUGAUAAGAAUCAUGAAAAACGUAGUAGUAGAAAUGUGGGCGUAUUUUAUCAAUCGCGUAAAGAACUCAAUCAAAGCUACGCUGAUAUGAUCACAAAUACCUAUGCAGUUGGAUUCGAUCCAUUAUUACUUAAAAUUAUCUCAGAAAGUUUAGAAUAGUUAAUAUCCAUCAAACGACGCCUGCUUCUUUUUAUCUAAAACCACUCACU